AUGAGUCUCCUUCCGAAACGAUGGCUGCGGCUCGCGCUGCAACUGACACUAGCCAUUGGCUGUGUGUUGUUUGUGGCCGAGUACUUUGGCAUGAGCCGGGUCGCGCAACAGUCCACGGGGGCCGCGCGGGCUCUGCUCUACAGGUACCACGAGGGCCAGGUGAUCACCGAGGUGUCUGUGAUGCGGUGCCUGCGGGUGUCGACGUGUUCUUUUCCCGAGGGCUGGGAGGUGAUCAACAAGGACCUUCAUCUGGGCGACUCGUGGAAAUACAAAUCGUUUCUCAUGGUGCAGAAGAAGGCCCAGAAGGACCUGCAGAAGGGAGACCAGACCGUUCUGGACAUUGCCUUCAGCGACGGCGACGGCAAGGUGCCUCAGCGGGUGCUGGAUCUGCUCGAUCUGCCCCCUGGAACAGAGAGAUUGCUGCAACUCAAGGCCACGGGCUGGCAGUACCUCCAGGACAACAUGUGGGCCCAAUUCGGCGUCUUCAGUCAGAAAUCCAUCACCGGCCUGACCGUUCUGUACGGCCCUGAUGCGGUGGACCCUCGUCCUGGAUGGACGCUUUCAGACGAGUACAUUUUGGACUCAAAGCAAAAGGGUACACAUAAGGAUCUACGUCCCCGGCUUUCGUUCCAGCGAGAAACGUCCGGGAGCGUCAAGAAGCCGAGUCUGCGGGUCCACGGCUCCAAGUUCAAAAUCAUGCAACUGGCAGACUUGCACUACUCCACCGGCUUUGGCAAGUGUCUGCAACACGUGGCCGCUGAUACCGAUCCCGAGGGCGCUUGCCAGGCGGAUCCUCUGUCUCUACAGCACAUUGAGGCGUUUUUGGACCGCGAAAACCCGGAUAUGGUAGUUCUGACAGGUGAUCAAAUCUAUGGAAGUGCAGCUCCAGACGCAGAAACUGCUCUUCUUAAGGUUUUGGCGCCUCUGAUCCGCCGCAAGGUACCGUGGGCGGCUGUGUUUGGUAACCAUGACCACGAGGAGACUAACAUGAACCGUGCCCAGCAGAUGGCGUUGAUGGAGUCCCUUCCUUACUCUCUAUCUCAAGCUGGCCCGGAGGAUGUGGACGGAGUAGGCAAUUACUGGCUUCAGGUUCUGGCUCCCAAGUCUGACAACCCCGCGGUGACACUCUACUUCCUCGACACCCAUGCCAAACACCCCAACCAGAAACUGUUUCCAGGCUACGAUUGGGUGCGAGAGUCGCAAUUGGAGUGGCUAGAAAAGGAACACAAGCAGCUGCAGCCUCUGCAGAACAAGUACACCCACAUCCACCUGUCAAUGGCCUUCUUUCAUAUUCCUACUACUGAAUACAGAAACGCCCGUGGCAAGAAGAUGAUUGGACAAUGGAAAGAAGGAGCUGCCGCGCCCAAACACAACUCGGGAGUGCGCAAGCUGCUCGAAGAGAUUGGAGUGUCCGUCAUCUCUGUGGGUCACGAUCAUGUCAAUGACUUUUGUAUGUGGGAUGAUGUCACUGCUCACAAGGACGACAUUCCGCCCAUGUGGCUUUGUUACGGAGGAGGACUAGGAGAGGGAGGAUACGGAGGCUAUGGUGGUUACGUGCGACGAAUGCGGGUGUUUGAGAUUGAUACUGAGGCGAAUUCCAUCACCAGCUGGAAGAGAAAGGUAUCUGAUUACGAUGAGACUUUUGAUAGGCAGGUUCUUGUCAGGAACGGAGCUCCGUUCUUGGAAAAACGAACCUAA